GGGUCACAUGCCUGGGGACGACGGGCUGUGAUUGGCCAGCCCUCUGGGGGCGUCAGACGCCGCGGCGCGCGCCGAGGGCCGCCGGAUCGCUGCUCCGCUGGAAAGCGUGAGGCCGGGCGCGGGGCCUCGGCGGCCGGGCUGGGGGCGGCAGCGCGCCGCUCACACUCAUGAGGGGCCGGAAGGGGCCCGGAAGGCUGAGUGACAGCAGGCCCACCUGAGGAGAUUUGCACCCCGAGAUUUUAAGCACGACAGAAAGCAUCUAGCAGCGCCCUGCUGCCAGCAGAGGGACAGCACGGCGCACAGCCCCAGAGCCGGACGGCAGGUUCUCUGCUCGGCCCCUCCACAAGCAGCCGGGGCCUUCACACGGGCGGGCGGCCCUGGUGACAGAGCAGGACAGACGGCAUUUUGUGUGACCUCGGCAGGGCCCUCUCCCACGUCAUCCCCGUCGGAAGUGGGGGCGCUGCUGCUUUUAAAGCCGACCAGCACGAGCACAGAGCCUGCGCCUUCACACUCGGGUGCUGGCCGCGGUCACAAGGGCCAGUCCCCCGAGAGAACCAGGCACGACCCGGGAUGGAAACGUUUGGAGUUGGGCCGUGAUGGGAAGGAGAGGAUGCCGGCAGGUGGAGCGCGGUCCUCGGCGCGCCUCCGAGCCCGGAGCUGCUCGAGCGAGACGGCCUCGGCCCAGGAAGCCCGCGUCACCACAUCUGCCCGGACGGCAUGUCAGGUCUCCUCACACAAAGCCACCGACCGGCGAACGUCCAAGAAGUUCAAGCAGGACAAAGGUCGCCUUGUGAAGGCGGGACUCCAGAAGCCGGCCCCGCAGCGUGACGGCGCCGCCGCGCCCCCGACAGCCGGCCAGGCCCGGGCGCGGCUCCCCGCAGGGCGCGCCGGGGCAGCGACGCAGGACAGGGCGCCCCCGCCGACGCGCGCGGCCCCUGCCGGAGGGGAGUCCGACGGCGGCGGCCCCGCGAGGGAUGGGGCGGCACUGGACCCGGGGCGGGGCCGCGUGCCCCCGCUGCAGAUGGACAACAGCGCCCUGCUGGACGACGACAGCAACCAGCCGAUGCCCGUGAGCCGCUUCUUCGGGAACGUGGAGCUGAUGCAGGACCUCCCGCCCGCAUCAUCAUCCUGCCCCUCGAUGAGCAGACGCGAGUUCAGGAAGAUGCAUUUCAGAGCCAAAGACGACGACGACGCGGACGGAGCGGAGCCGUAGAGGGUGGAGCGUGCGCGCCGGGCUCUGCGUGGUCGGUGCCGCCAACGGCCGGAUGCCUCGGCAGGUCGCAGGCGUACAGAGGACGCACCUCCAGGGGCCCGUGCUCCUCAUCGCAACUCAGAGCUGACCCUCAGAGGUCAGCAGCACAGAACGCCCGCACCUGCGGGGAUGGCGCGCGGGAACUAGACCUUUGCGUGUAAAGCUGCCGUUUCCACGGCGAUGUGUUUCCUCCCGGCUGUUACCUGCGGUGGUGGCCAGCUUCUCUCCUAACACAGAGAGCUCUGUAGAGAAAGCUCUUAAGCGCUCUAGUUUUGGUAACAUGCAGGUUUAUUUUCCAUAAUCAAAGUUUGAUCAUUCUUGUGACUGAGUCAACGCCAGUUCUUAAAGAAUGCUCCUUUAUUUCUGUAUGUGAAAUCUAUGCUUACCUUGGAUGCUUAGCAAAAUACAUAUGGAAAAAAAAUAAAAUAUAU